AUGGACCGGGGGUUCACCAUCGAAAACCCCUACGCCAGCGUCACCCUUCCGCGGACUCAACUGAAGGACGACUUCCUGGGAUACUACCUGGGGGAGGACGUGGGUCCCAGCGCCUUGCCCCCCUGCUCGGCAGCCCCACGGAAAGAGGCAGACCUCAAGCCCCCCUCUCUGGCUUGGAACGGCCAAGUGUGGGCAGAGUCGCAAGCCAGACCCACCAACCCCUACGCCAGCCUCAGGGUGCCCAAGGCGGAUGCUCCGGAGCCCUUCUACUGGAAGAGCCACGAAGAGGCUGCCCCGGAUCCCAGCUGCUGCUGCGGCUGCUGCGGCUGCUUGCCUUGCUGCAGGAAGUGCUGCUGCCGCAUCUCCUAA